ACAUCGCCAAGUGGUGCGCCGCGUGUGGAGUUUCGGUUAACAGUGGUGAUUUUUUUGAAGGUGUAACGGUGUCUAACAUUGGAUUUAAGGAAACUGCUUAUGGUCCAAAGGAGCAAUAAAAAUCAGCAGAAAGGUGGAAAUCCGUGGAAUGUCAAGAGUGUGGGUUGUGAUACGAUCCUAGCCUAUGGCAGUUUCCGGUGGAAGCAAGAGCUUCUUCGAGCAAAACGACACAUGAUAUUAGAAGCUACCCCAACGUGUGUAACGUGAAAAUAGGGUUGAAAUUAAACAGUGAGAAACUUCACAACGUGCGUGAAAUUGAAUAAUAUUAAUCGAUAUUGUGGUUCGUAGCCGAUGGGUUUCAGUGGAAUAAUUUCGAUUGAUCUAAUGUCUGCCGAGGCAAGUCGUCCUUUAGUUUUUCGUUGUACCCUCACGAAAAACUUUGAGAUUAGACCCUGGAUGCCACUAUCAGUGCCACUCGAUCAAAGGUAUUCAAAUGAGAGCCAACCAAAGGACGGUGUUGAAUGUAUAAGUGAAUAGCCGCCGGAUAGAAAUCGGGAAUAUCAAAAACCCUUGUGCAGAGAAGUUUGUUCUAAAUAAGCUCCUACCUAGAAUAAAUUAAUGAGUGUUGUUGUGCAGUGCCCAACAACUCUCCUACAGCAGCGCUAUUGAUCGACCGAGAUUUGAACCCGGAGUCGGGUGAAUGUGUAUACAGAAGCUUUCCUUUUAAUAGCUGGCCAAGCAUCCGUCGUUUGACCUCUGCCAUCGAGUCAAGAGGCUAGCAGCAGCUCAACAAUAAGUGCGAGUGAGUGAGAGAGAUAGAACGGAAGGGUGGGAAUAUUAUUUGUGAAAGUUUGAAUAAUUAAUAAGUCAUUUUCCGAGGGUUGUGGAGUGACCGAUCCUUCACAUUAUAUUGAGCUAUCCCUUCGGACAUCGAUAGCGGUCCAACAAAGAAGUGAAGGAAUGGCGCCGAGGACGACGACGACGAAUAGUCUUGGACAAGUCUGGUAUUGUUCCCUAGACUUGUAGUGUAUCGGGAGGGGGAGUGAUUAAAUUAAAACCAGGGAAUCCCGCCCCCCAACAAAUAUAUACUUGUGAUUGACCGAUGCUGAAGUGGAAGAAUGUACCAAAUAAUGACCCUACCCCCCCCUUAAGUGGCAAACCACGACAGGUUAUCCUUAUUGAUUUGGUAAAGGAUGUGAGCUCAUAUGGAUAGAGUACGGCGCCGAGAACAUUAAAGAAGACUAAACAAAGAAAGACAUCUUUACGGACAGCUCACAGCAAAAAGCAAUAAACGGAAACCAACGAAAUCAACCGGAAUGAACUCCAGCCUAGUGCCACGCUCAAGUUAAUUUCAAAAGUAAAUAUUUCUGCAACCUUUCAGAGGAGCAGCAAAUCACCCCGUGCCGUCAGCAAAAAAGUUGAUGGGUGAGUGAGGAGCCGAACUUUUUUCACGUCAAAUAACAGGAUACCGGAGUGAUGCUCUGGUGAAAUGCCUGAAUUCGUAGAAUCAAACAAAGUAAAAACAUUUCCCCGCCGAUCGAUGUCCACAGAUUUUUGCAACCCGAAAUCAAAUCUCAAAACGUGCAAAAUAAAUAUGUACGACGUGAUUUUGUGUUUGUUUUCCAAGUGAAUGAAAGGUUUGUUUUGCCUGGAUUUUUUUUUUUCGGCGCGGAGUGAUUUAACCUUUUCUCCGUUUUAAGGCCACAGGAAGAAGCGCUGAGAGCGUUCAAGUUCAACGGAAAAUGGAAGAUAAAUAAAGGCGCGCGAACGAGAGUGUCACUCAGCGAUGGAUACGGUGUGAUAACGCGCGGGAAUGCGAAAAGAGAAGAAAUUCUAUCCUGAAAACACAACAAAAUACGAAAAAUUCGGUGAAAAUAGCAGUGGAAAAAUGAUGAUGGUGGCUCCAGAGAGCCAGGGUAUUGUUGCUGCAUUUGAAUCAACUCGGAAGCGAUCCGUCAGAAGCUUUCACGCCACUUUCUUUCUUUCUUGGCUUUGAUUGGUGAUGGAAAGAACCAAUACAAUUUUCGACUGAAAGUGGCUCCAGAGAGUGAAUGAGGGAAGGGGAAAAUAAAAACACGUUUUCAGCAGAUUGUCAGCCGAAUCGGGAGGAUGCGGUAAUGGGCUUUCUGCCACGGUUGGAAUAAAUACAGUGUGUUUAUUUGAGAAGGUUUAAAGAAAAUAGAGCUAUGUGUACGGAAAAUCGUUCUCCAGGCGCACGUGCUGAUGAUUUUCAAUGUGAUUCACUUGUUCACUUACUGGUGGUGUAUCAAUGAAUAUAUUUAAGUAGGAUUCCUGAAUUGAAACCUUGUUUGCUGCUGUCAUAGUAUGAUGAUAUUCAAUCCAUCGAGAACUUCAAUAAUAAGCCACGGUUUGACGCCAUCCGAAUCUACCGAGGGAGAAUAGUUUCAACAAAUCCAGCAAGCGAAUCCUCUAGCCCCGAAAAUGGAUGAUGAGUACGAGAACGAGCUUACCGAAAGCUGCGACCAGCUGCAUCAGCCGAUGGAAAUCCGGCUCCGAUACGAGUUCCCUCCUUCGCCGAAACCUUCGGUAUCCUUCGACUUUGACCGGAGGACCCCAUCGAUUGCAUCUUCAGCGACUCCUCUGGUAGCCGGAAUUCAAAUGGCCAAAACCAAUCAUGCUCAUGGGACGACGGGGCGUUUAGUAUCUCCAUCUCCGUCUCCUUCGCCUUCCCCAACGUUGGCCACCCGGGUGCUACUUCCGCCUCGUCCGCCCACGCCUCCCUCCCGCCGGGGGUCCAACAAUUCCCGCGGUAGCGAUCCCGGCAUACUGGUCAAUACUUCGAAGCGAGCGAGAUUAGCGGCCGCGGCGGCUUCCGGAAAUAGCAACAGCACCAGUGCUGCGGCAGUCCGGAAAGUCGAAUUCGUGCGUUUCGAUUCAACGGAAGUGCAUCACCCGGAACAACCGAACAGCAACAACGAUGAGGGCCGAACCAAAAUCAAGGACGAAAUUAAAAGAUGUACCAUUCCUCAGAAUGAUGAAACAUUGGGUCCUCUCAUGACGUCCUCUUUGCAAAUGUUGGGUAACAUAUCUUGGAAGAAUGUAGUGAUAAACUGGUCGCAUGAAGCAGCAUAUUCGCAGUUGAUAGUUGGAGUCCAGCUCGUGACCAAGGAUGAAUUUCCGAACGCGUUGAGUCGAGUCUCUGCCCCGGAGGUUGAAAACAAACCGUACAGCUGA